CUUUUUCUUUUUUCUUCAUCCAAUGACAAUGAUACCAUUGUCUGUUAUAAACGAUGAUAAUGAUCACACCAUGCAUUAUGCUCAAAGCCUACCUUAUGCUCAUUUACUUGACAAAGAAGCAGAAACUUGGUUAAAUGACAUUUGUACCAACUUGUCUAUUAGCAUCAAAGCAAAAGACUUUCACCAUGGCGCUUUGAUAUCAGUUAAACAAUUAACAUGCUAUCUGGAUAUGAAACACGCAGUACCUCGAGAUGUUAGAGCCAACCUUGCCAAACUCUUGUUUGAAAUGUCAGUGAUGCCAGGCAUGGAUCCAGUCUUGGUCGAACUCUGGGCCAAUACUUGCUCCCGCUUAAUCAGAAAGAAAAAGAGAUUGGAUGUUGAGGAUUUGCAACUUGACUGGCGUCCACUCUACCAAAUAUUGGAAAAGACGUUGUUUCCAAAGUCAAGACAUCGUUCCUUGUUUAUUGAAUCUCGAAUGAUGGGAGGAGUGCUGCGAUUGACAGGAUAUGCCAGACGAUUUUUCUCAUCCAAUGCUGCUACGGAAAUCCUAACUGAAUUCCUACCCAAAUUCACCACACAUUCACCUGCUGAAGUCAUUCGAGCACAAGGUUACUUGAUUCUAUUUUUACCUGUUCAGUACAAUGAUAAUACCAUACAAGAAUUUUUGCCUACCAUGUUUUCAUUAUGGUCCAUGUUUACCUAUUCACCUACUUUUGACACACAGUUUGCUUACCUUUUCAGUCGUAUUGCUGAGCACAACCUGGAUCAAGGCGACCAGAUUGGAUUAUUCACAAAGCAACAGGUAAAAAUGGUAUUCACGGCUGGUUUGAGGAUGAUGAAUUUACCGGUUGGCAGUCGUAGUGAUGGCAGUACAUCAGCAGGUGGAGGUGGAGGUGGGUCCACGACAGGGUAUGGAUCUCAAGGUAUUCGGGUAGACACAAAAGCAGGAAGUGCUUUGUUACUUAGAAAAAAGCCAGAAAAAUUCAAAUCCUUGGCUCGUUUUAUCGUCUAUACUAUCAUGCCUGAUGAAAACAAAGAGACAAGCUAUAGUCUAUCCCUUUUAUCAGACAUGAUUCAGGCAACAGAACUAUACUAUCACCCUUCCAACCAUGGUCCUUGGUCUUAUUUAUUGACUGCCUUUGCACGUCAUUUGGCUUAUGAGUUCCUGAAGCGUUGGAGAGAAGAACAAGAAGAAGACUGUAAAGUACCACACCAUCGUCGUUUGACAUUAGCACUGCGCAAAGAAUUCGUGUUGAUAUUAAGACCUGUCACUUAUCUAAGUAUGUUUGGCAAGGAUCAAUAUACUGUGGGUGCCAGUCAAUCUACAUUAAAAUACUUGGCAUGGCUUGAACCUGCCUUGGUCUUUCCUGGUCUGCUGGAGCGUAUCUAUCCUUCACUCGAGACAUUGACAGAAACUCACCGUACGUCCAGUGCUUUAUCUAUUUUGGCUGAUAUUGCCUUACCUUUGUUCUCUCGAGACCAUUAUUCAGCAGGCGGUAAGCAUUUGCUGCCUUUAUUACAGCUCGCUAUACCGGGCAUCGAUAUGAAUGACCCCAUCAAGACCAUUGCUUCCCUGAUGUUUAUCUCUACGGCAUUGAUGUCUAUUCCUAUCCGUGACAUGACACAGCACCAAGACGGCUAUUACCCUACAGAAGACUAUCUUGAUGACCCUCAUGCUGAACUGUCCAGAGAGACAGAAGAUUACCUUACAAAAGCAACCACAGGCGAAUUUGAAGAAUGGCUAGCCAAGUUUAUGCGUCGUGUGUUUACUAUCUUUGAAAACCUGCCUCAAGAGAACAGAAAGAAACAAAGCAAUGGAUCCACUAUGGAAACUGGCUUAACACAAAUGUUGCUGCACACAUGCGAUGUUAUCUUUGGUCAACUGUCAGAUGCGCUGUAUGAUUUAGCCCUGAGACUGGUAGUGGAAUUUGUGACAGACCGUGUGUUGCCCAAUGCCGUCCGUGCGGUGGGUUUAUUAUGUGAUGCUGUUACGUCUGCCAACCCUGCCAAGGCAGCUAAAGUGUUUAUUCCUCUCUGUAUCACACAUAUUCAGAUGGAACUUGAGCACGGUGCAGCAUCUACAGUAGCUCAUGCUGCUGCAUCCAACUUGAUUCAGUCUGACAGUACUUUCCAUUGGUAUCAAAACAUCUUGUUUUCAGUGGUGUCUAAUUUAGGUCCUGAAUUUUUGGUCUAUAAACAAGACAUUGUUCAAAUUACCCAUGCCAUGAUUCAAAAAUGCCGUAGUCGCCGUGGUAUUAUGUGGACAGGCAAAUUAGUCCGUAGUAUCUUGAACACUAUGCUCAACAUUUACCCUCAAGAAUUCAAGAGUUUGAAUCCCUCACAGUGGCAAGACAAAGCAUUUAUGGAAGCGAAUGCACAUAAAGUAUGGGGUCAACCGGGCGAUCCUGCCAAUCUAGAGAUUCAAUGGCAUAAACCUUCAGAAGAAGAAAAGGAUUUUGCAUUAGCGUUUUUGGCAGAGUUCUUGCGACCGUCUAUGGACCGUUUAAAGGAACUUAUGGAACAUGAUACAGGCAACAGUCAUGAUGUAAGCAAUGAAUUCUGUCGACAUCUGGCUGUUGUUAGAAAUUGUUUGAUGGGAAGCACAGUAAUGGUAGCUGACGAUGGUAUUGUAGUGGAGGAAGAUACAGUCAUGUUGGAUCAAGACAACGAUGAUGAAUUCUUUGUCCUGAAUCAGAAACUACAAGUAGGCUAUGCUUUUACUGAUCCUUCUGAUCCUCGCACUGAACAAGCUCGGUCUAUACGUCGAUCCAUAGGUGAAUUGAUACAUCAAUUACUGGACUACUUUAAAACAAAGCGUGAAGAUGAUGUUGAAAGCGUCAAGAUUUUGAUCAAAAUUGCCCGUACAUUCUUGGCUGAACGAGGUGUUGAAAGAGCGCAGUUUGACCGUAGUAAAAGUGGCUAUAGCUAUGCCAAAAACAUUGGAAAGACGCCUCUCUGCAAAAAGAGAUAUCCUCGUAACCUGUUGAUUCGUCGCGCUUAUAAUCAUCAUUUGCUCAGACUACGUCAAAACACGCAAGGACGCACACGAACCCAUUUGCAUGAUGCUAUUUUGAUGGGACUCGUGGAGAUGUCUUUAGGUUCUUAUGCCGAAAUCAGAAAAGUAAGCCAAGUAGCCUUAUCUACUACUGCUCGUUGUUUCCGCGAUUCAAAGAGCUUGAUUGUCCCUGUCUUGUUGGAAGCGUUACAGCCCUCUACACCUGCAGAUCGUAUGAAGGGCGCUCUUUAUCUGUUUACUCACAAGUCUAUUUUGAUGCCAUGCCUAAGGAAUUGGAAGUUUAUUCCUGAUUUUAUCAUGGCUAUCUGCAAUGCUCAGCACCAAGAUAAACUGACAAUUCAAGAACUAAUUCGCAAAGUGUUUUUGGAUUAUAUCUCUCAUUAUAACGCAUCGUCCUUCCAUGUGAUUGUGACAGGAAACUUGGAUACGUUGAUCAAGGGUAUAUCACCGUCUACAGCGCAAGAUCCUAAUUUCGACCACAAAACAAGUGUGAUUGAAGCUAAAAUUGAGUCUAGAUUAUCAAGUAAUAUGGAUGCUUAUUAUCGUUUAAUGGAUAGCUUGCUAGACUUCUUGCUUGAUUCUCGUGUGCAUUGGCGAUUUGCUACUAUGGCUGCUAAUUUUAUUGAAGUGUUCUUGCGAGUCGAUGCAAAGCCCUCUCAACGAUUGGCUGCUUUUGCUAAUAAUGCUACCUUAUCAGAACUGCCUACCAUGCGUCGUAUUGGUGUAGGCGCAACGACACAGCUUUUACUUUACAUCAAACAACGUACAUUUGCUGCUGGUAACCAAGACAUACUGGUCUCUAAAACGAUGCGCAAUCCUCUCAAAGUAGAAAUAGAAGUGGAUAAAAAUGAUUCGAGUUUAGGACAGAAGCUUCUGAAGGCUUCUUACGAAGGACUGACACCAACCAAUGCUGAUUCUAGCUUGCUGGUCGAUGAUAUGACGUUAGGAUGGUAUGUUUGGCCUGAGACCUAUACAGCCUAUAGAGUAAAUACCAAGGACUUUUUGUUUCAAGAUGCUGUUGAGCCUGACUCUCAAGCAGCUUAUGAUGAAUUCAAAAAGACAUUUACGUCGAAUGAGUAUUGGUCAAAGCUCUGUUCUUACAUGUCUCAGGAAGUCAAUCAAAAACAAGAGGAUCAUUUCUCCUCUUCAAAUGCUCGUCUCUUCAGUAGUAUCUUCCAAACCUUCGGUGAUGCACCCUUAUCAGCAGCCAAGGAACACAUCCAAAAACUUUGUGAUGCUACAGACCAAAAGAGUGCUCAGAGAGCAGCAGCAGAAAUGCUAGGUGGCUUAAUUCGAGGCACAAAGCACUGGAACUUGGCGAAAUUAGCUUCUGUCUGGACAUGGUUAAUACCCUUGCUGACGAGUGUAUUUAGUAACAUUACACCUGAUUCUUUGACUUAUUGGGAAUCUUUUGUACGCUUCUGUUCUUCUCGCCGUGAUCCUCGUCGCAUCCAACCCUUAAUCGAUUUGAUCUUGUCGGGUGAAUUAGAUCCUACUUCAGACGCGGCCUUUAACGAAUCUCGUAAAUUGCUGUUGGUCCGUUCUUUGACGUCUUCUCUUCAAUGGCGAUUUGAACCUUUGAAUGCUCGUCUUUUGCCUACAUAUCUGGACAACAUUCAACAUCCUUACAAGCAAGUACGUGAAGUGAUUGGUGUAAACAUGAACGAAUUGUUACAGUUAGAAUGGAUUCCUUCUUAUUCUUCUGUAUCACAUUUAUUACAAGCCAAUGCAGCUUCUGAUGGUGUGGGUAAUGUGCCUACCACACUUACAGCGACGCAAAAGGAAAGAAUGGAUGUGAUGCUGGCCCGUUUAGAUGAAUGGUUCCUUCAAAUGGUAACAAGUGAUGUCAAGAAUGCAACCAGUGAUUAUGCACAUGCAAGCAAGACGAUUUUAUGUUGGCUACAUGAAUCACUUAAUUUCUGGGGAGUGUCUGGUACUUUGCCUUACAUUGCACCUGUGUUACCCAAGUUAUUUGCUAUGCAGGAAGUCAAUGAUGAUCAAGAUUUACAAAAGAUGGCUACCAAGGUACUUAGUCUCAUUGCUCGUGUUGACUAUCCUCCUUCUAUGCUACACAUGAUGGUGGAUCAAUUCUUGACUAUCUUGACCACAUCAACCAACUGGCAUAUCCGUAUUCGCGCCUUACCUGUACUUCAGAUUUUCUUUUUCAAGAACCUAUUCCUGUUAGACAGUGAUCAACUGCUGCGUAUCAUGAAAGUCAUUGGUCAAAUGUUGUUGGAUUCACAGAUUGAAGUACGUCAAUUGGCAUCAGUGACAUUAGGUGGUCUUGUCCGUUGUUCGCAACGAGACGCGAUUCAAUCCCUGUUGACGCAAUUUACAGCCAAGAUUCAAAUCAAGUUGCCCAGAAGACAACGUGACAAGAACGGUAAAAACAUUGAGCCAGAAGGGUUUUCAGACGCAGUGUUACAGAAGCAUGCAGGUGUGCUUGGUAUUUCAUGUUUGGUCAAUGCAUUUCCUUAUGAAGUGCCUGAAUGGAUGCCUGCCAUUUUAUGCCAAUUAGCUGAAUGUAUCUCCGAUCCCGCUGCAGAAAUUCAGGCUACUAUUCGAAAGACCUUUUCUGAUUUUAGAAGAACCCAUACUGAUACAUGGCAUGAAGAUAUGCUUAAGUUUGAUGAAGAUCAGUUAGCUAUUAUGAGUGACAUGCUUAUUUCCCCAAGCUAUUACGCUUAAAUAAAUAUCAAAAAUUUUUCGAAAAA